CAGUGGAAGUGAAAGCAGAAAGUUAGUUCAGCUUUCAUCGACAAGAAAAGAGGUGAACAAAGCAACAUUGAACAGUGGGAUACUUUUCAUGAGUAAUGAAGAACAGCACAGCACUACACCUAAAGCUAAUCUCUGUGAGAAGCUGAAGGACAAGGACGCUGCCUCUAAAAUGAGUGUAAAUGAGAAAAUGGAGAAGAGGUACACUACACCCUCUCCUGAACCCAGCUGUGUCUCUUUGAAAAGUAAUGCAUCUAUAGUUAUGCCUCCUAAUAUCAGUGAUGAAGCAGUGACCUCAGACCCAAGUCUGAAGAAACUCAAAACCACAUCUCCAGAACCAAGCUGUGUACCUAUGAAGAGUCAUGAAUUCCUACUUAAGCCUUCGGAUCUCAGCUUUGGAGCAGAGACCUCUGACCUGAGAGUCAUGACAGAAACCAAUUCUGCUCAGACCGGAGACCUGCAUAAACCACUACAUAAUGAACUACAAAGAGUCAAAGAGCAGCACAAAACCAGCAUGAAGAACAAGUAUGAGAGAUUAUUUGAGGGACUGAAACUCCAGGAGAAUGAAAGCCUCCUGAACAGCAUCUACACACAGCUCUACAUCAUAGAGGGAGAGAGAGAAGGAGUGAAUGAAGAACAUGAGGUUUUACAGAUGGAGAAAACAGCCAGAACACAACACUCACAAGACACUCCAAUCUACUGCAAUGACAUCUUUAAAGCCUCCGCUGAAGCAGGAUGUGAGGAGAAAGAGCAGAUCAAGACUGUUCUUACUAAAGGCAUCGCUGGAAUCGGAAAAACUGUCUCUGUGCAGAAGUUCAUUCUGGACUGGGCCGAGGGAAAAGCCAAUCAGGAUAUAGAUUUCAUGUUUGUGCUUCCAUUUCGAGAGCUGAACUUGAUCCGAGAUCAUCAGAACAGUCUUCACAGACUUCUGCUGGACUUUCAUCCUGAACUUCAAGAUCUGGACUCACAGAUUUAUGAGGAGUGUAAAGUUGUGUUCAUCUUUGAUGGUCUGGAUGAAAGCAGAAUCACACUGAUGUUUUCAGACGCUCAGAAAGUUUGUGAUGUGACUGAAACUUCAUCAGUGGCUGUGUUGAUGUCAAAGCUCAUGAAAGGAGAGCUGCUUCCCUCUGCUCUCAUCUGGAUCACCUCCAGACCAGCAGCAGCCAAUCAGAUCCCCUCCAAAUACAUCCACCGUCUGACAGAAAUUCAGGGAUUCACUGAGCCUCUGAAGGAAGAAUAUUUCAGGAAGAGAAUCAGUGAUGAGCAUCAAGCCAGCAGAAUCAUCUCACACAUCAGAAGAGCAAGAAGCCUCCACAUCAUGUGCCACAUCCCCGUCUUCUGCUGGAUCUCAUCCACUGUGCUUCAGAAGCUCCUGGAAGAAGAUCUGAGUGCAGAAAUCCCUCAAACUCUGACUGAAAUGUACAUCCACUUCCUGCUGAUUCAGAUCAACAUGAGGAAGCAGAAGUAUGAAGAGAGAGAUCCAGAGAAACUCCUGCCGUCCAACAGAGAAGUGAUUGUGAAACUUGCUGAAGUGGCUUUCAAACAGCUGAUGAAGGGCAAUAUGAUGUUCUAUGAGGAGGACCUGAUUGAGAGCGGCAUAGACGUAACUGACGCCUCAGUGUAUUCUGGGAUUUGCACUGAGAUCUUUAAGGAGGAAUCUGUGAUUCAUCAGAGGAAAGUCUACAGCUUCAUUCAUCUGAGUGUUCAGGAGUUUCUUGCUGCUUUUCAUGUGUUUUAUUGCUAUUUAAACAGCACCAUGGAGACCCUUAAGGUUAUUGUUCCAAUGCAUAAUCUGCUUAAAGGAGCAGUAGAUGAAGCCAUUGAGUGUGAGAAUGGACGUCUGGAUCUGUUCCUACGGUUCCUGCUGGGCGUCUCACUGGAGUCCAAUCAGAGACUCUUACAGGAUCUACUGACACACACAGAGAACAGCUCAGAGAGCAUCAGCAGAACCACACAGUACAUUAAACAGAUGAUCAAAGAUGGACAUGGACUCUCCACUGAAAGAUCCAUUAAUCUGUUCCUCUGUCUGCUGGAAGUGAAAGAUCAGACUCUGUCCACAGAGAUUCAGGAGUUUGUGAAUUCAGACAAACAAUCAGAGAAGAAACUCUCUCCUGGUCACUGCUCAACAAUCACCUACAUGCUUCAGAUGUCAGAGGAGCCGUUGGAUGAACUGGACCUCAAGAAAUACAACACAUCAGCUGAGGGGAGAAGAAGACUGAUACCAGCUGUGAUCAACUGCAGAAAGGCCAUUUUUGCUGGCAGUAAUCUCUUUUGUCAGGAUUGUGAAAUUGUGGCAUCAGCUUUACAGUCCUCAAACUGUGUCCUGAGAGAGCUGGAUCUAAGUAACAAUGACCUGCAAGAUUCGGGAGUGAAGAUGCUCUCUGAUGGACUGAAGAGUCCAAACUGUCAGCUGGAAAAACUGAGGUUGUCUGGCUGUAUGGUGACAAAGGAAGGCUGUGGUUAUUUGUCUUCUGCUCUGAGUUCAAAUCCCUCACACCUGAGAGAGCUGGAUCUGAGCUACAAUCACCCAGGACAAUCAGGAGUCCAGCUGCUCAAACACAAACUGCAGGAUCCAAACUAUAAACUGGAGAAACUCAGUUUGAAUCAUGGAGGCAAUUUUAGAAUCACACCAGGAUUGAGAAAAUAUGCGUGUGAUCUCACUCUGGAUCCAAACACUGUUAACACUCAACUCAUGCUGUCUGAUGAGAACAGGAAGGUGAUGCAUAUGAAAACACCGCAGUCAUAUCCUGAUCUUCCAGCGAGAUUUGAUACAUAUCCCCAGGUACUGUGUGGAGAGAGUCUCUCUGAACGCUGUUACUGGGAGGUUGAAUGGAGUGGAAGAGUGACUGGUAUAGCCGCGACAUAUAAAGGAAUCAGCAGGAAGGGAGUAAGUGACUGUGUUUUUGGAUGGAAUGAAAAAUCCUGGAGUCUCUUCUGUUCCGAUAACAGUUACACUGUUUGUCACAAUAAUGACAGAACUGACUUAAUUGCACCUUCACCUCCCUCUAAUAGAGUAGGAGUGUAUCUGGACUGGUCUGCCGGCUCUCUGUCCUUCUACAGCAUCUCUGACACACACACACUCACACACUUACAUACAUUCAACACCACAUUCACUGAACCCCUAUAUGCUGGAUUCAGAGUUUAUGAAGCCUCAGUGUCUUUGAGACAUUUCUCAACAGUAUCUCUUUAAAGCCGUCAUAAACUUGCGUUUAUGGAAUUU